CAGAGCGGUGGCGGGUUGUUUCCGAUGUGAAGGCAGCGGGGGAGUGUGCCCAGCCCAUACGCUGGCCGCCCUCUUCCUCCCUAGUGCUUCCUCCCCUAUCCCUCUUCCAUCUCUAUCUUGAAGGUGAGCCAACAGCGCUCGUGAAGGCCAGCAGGGGUGACAAUGAGACGCACACACGUAUCUGAUGUGUUGUUGCUGCUGUCAGGUGGAAGAUGAGCGCCUCUGAUGGCAGCGUCAGUGACGAGUCCACCGAUGGUUCCAGGGGCUGGUGGCCCUUUCCUGGAUGGCUACGGUUAGCGUCACCCCUGCUGCCCAGCCACCCGUCCGAGCCCCCGCUCCCCUACGUCCCUCCCUCCCUGCCCGCCCUGUCUUCUGAGGCCCCAUCCACCGUCGACACACCCUCCCUCUCACGUACUGAUUCGUCCACCAUCCCCUUGGCCCGCGGCAUCACCCACCACCAUCACGACAGGACAGCGUCAAGGUGGAUACGCAGCUUCCUCCUGCCUACUUGGGCGUCCUCUGCCACAAGACGAGGCAAGACCCCACGGGCAUGUGAGCGCAAGUCGGACUCGGAGGGUGCGCUGCCGUCUUCGUGCGAUAUGCUGCCGACGAAGGCCAAGGGAGGUGAGGGAUGGAUGGGCUGCCGCAAGAGGGGAUGGCUCUGGUGGAGGUCCCAGUGCCGCAUCAUGUUGGUGUUUGUCUUGGUCGCUGUGGUGCUUUUGAACUUGCUCUUCAACCUUGGGGUGGUGUGGCCGGGCUGGGGGCGGGGGCAAGGGGACACUGGCGAGGCAGCAUCUCCAAGCGCACAGUGGCAGCUGGGCACCAGGUCCGCAUCGGCCACCGACGGCGAUCGUGUCAAGGGUGCUGACAAGGGUGCAUCGUCGGGCGAGGAGAGGAGAGAGGUGCCACGGCCCCCUCCUGCUUUCGUCGCCAGGCGAGACCUGAGACCUGCGGACCUCCACCGCGCACAGAAGUGCUCCGCCCACAUGUCAGCCUACCUCUCGGAAGAGGACCUGUGGAGCGCAUCCCUUGCACAGUGCGAAGCCUUCUCGGCCAUUGUGGACCUCAAGCAGUGCCCAUUACUGUCCAAUCGCUGUCUCUCGUUCUCCAACUGGCUCGACGGCGAGAACGCCAUGAGGCGGCGAUCGGUGAGGGACGCCAUCGAGUUCACAUGGCAUCAAUACGAGGAGCACGCAUUCGGCCGUGACGAGCUGAAGCCCAUCAGCGGGUUGGGCGACGACGCGUGGGGCGGCUUCGGUGUCCUCAUUGUCGAUGCCCUCGACACCAUUCUCCUCGCCGAUCUCCCGGACGUGGCCGCGAGAGCCCUUGAUUGGCUGAAGACCAAACUCACCUACGACAAGGAGGUCAACGUGAACCUGUUCGAGACGACCAUAAGGCAGCUGGGAGGCCUCCUGUCCACCUACUACCUGCUGCAGACGCCGGGCUCCCUCCAGACAAGGCAAGAGUGCCUGGAUCGGCUGCUGGAUGAGGCCAAGUCGCUGGGCGGUCGGCUGUUGAAGGCGGUGCCGGAGGGGACGAGGGCUGCUGACGGGGAGGAGAAGAGGGAGUGGGGUGAGGGGCCUCUCUGGCUCGACAGCCCGCCCGCAUCGGACAUCAAGCUCCACAGCGGCCACAGGCAGCAUCUGGCGGGCUAUACCUCUCUAUCUGGUAUGCAAUUUCGGUUGUAGGGAGUCGGAACAUCUUGUCCUGUCCUGUCCUGUCAUGUGUGUCUCUUAGAGAUCGGCACGAUCACGCUGGAGUUCAAGACCCUCUCAGAGGCUUCUGGCGACUGCCAGUUCGCCGAGGCUGCGGACGCUGUGGUAGAGCUGAUUGAGCGCAAGCGGCAGCUGAGCGUCACGGGCCUGGCCCCCAUCUUCCUCGACCCCAAGACACUCGCCACCCAGCGGGGCAUCAUCUCCUUGGGAGCCAGGGGCGACAGUGUGUAUGAGUAUUUGGCAAAGGAGUGGAUCCUCACCGGUCAGUACUGCAGUCAAGGCGAUGCACACCACACCACACCAGACCUCAUUAGACCACACCCGUCGUCUCCUGUCUGUCGGCCUGUUGUGUUGUGCUGCCACCCACCACAGGCCGUCGCGACAAGUUGUUGGAGUCGAUGGUCACCGGGUUCCUACGCAAGCUGGCCGACACCAUAUCGCACACGGCACAGCCGCCCCAGCUGCCUCAGGGGUCCAUGUCGGCGACCUGGGGCGAGGCUGAGGGCGGCAUUGCCUACCAUGAUAGGGGGCUCGUCUACGUGGCGGAACUUCAAGGCUCAAAGAUCGCCAAAAUGGACCACUUGGUGAGUGCGGAUGGGAGGGAGGCGCAUGACACACACCAGCAGCAGUCACUGGUUCGUUCUUCAGGUGUGUUUUCUGCCGGGCCUGCUGAUGCUCAUUGCUCGCAGCGGGUUUGUCCAGCCGUCGUCCAAGAGCCCACCGAAGUGCGACAUGGCAUCCUUCCCGCCGGCAAGUGGCCCCUGCAGCAGUAUCGACGAGGGGGGUGCUGCUUACCUGGAACGAUUGGCAGAUGAACUCACCAAGACGUGUGUCACCAUGUACUUCAGGACCAAAUCGGGUGAGGGAGACACAGACAGGGAGACGAGCACUACCCGCACACAGACAGCAUCAGCUUUCUCCCUGCUGCCACCGGUUUGUGUGCAGGAUUGGCGCCUGAGAUAGUUCGCUUUUCUCAUGACGACAUGACGGACGACAGCGGCUCGAUGCACUCGUUGCUGCGGCCUGAGACGCUGGAGUCCCUCUUCUACAUGGCCGAGCUCGCGCCGCACCCCGACUACUUCACUCACCCCCCGCCCCGUCCCCCGACAGGCACGGAGAGCGACGGCUUGUUCACGCUGGAGAGCAUCGAGGGUGCGAGGAGGCGGCGUGAUGUAGAGGACCGUGAGUAUGUGGAUAGGUAUGGGUUGAGGUGGCGGAAUUGGGGUUGGCGGAUAUUCCUGGCGACCGUCGCAAACGCCAAGGUGGCGCACGGAUUUGCCUCUGUCGAUAAUGUACAGACGGUCAGUCCGUCCGUCCGUCAAGGAAAGGCAGGGAGGGAGGGGGGGAGGGAGGGAAGACAAGAGCACAUCCACCGGACGCCUUGUUGUCUUUCUGGAUGCAGAUGCCUGUGCAUCCGCGAGACAAGAUGCACACCUUCUGCUUAGCCGAGACGUUCAAGUACCUGCUAUUGCUCUUCUCGCCCCGCCGCACCCUGCCCCUCGACCGCUUCGUCCUCAACACCGAGGCCCACCCGCUGCCCAUCAUGGACAAUCCCACACCAGGGGGCAAGUGCGGCAGAAUCGCACGGAUGAUGAGACACACCACCGGCACCACCGGCACCGACGCCGUCGUAUCCCUCAAGGCACCGCCCAUGCUGGCCCAGCUGCUCGACAAGCAUGCCGGCAAGAUCAGAGGCGCCAGCGGGUCACGCCAUGGUGACACAGAGAGAACGUCGACAGGGCAGGCGGCACUGAGGGGAGGCCGUAGGGUGGGGGAUGUUGGCCCUUGAUUGCAGACACACACACGGAUUGCAGCCAACGAUAGAUGGAUGGAGGGUGCGUGAGAGGGGUGUGUUAUGUGUGUGUGACCGUUUUUCCAUUCUGUGAUACCAAGAGUGAGUGCAUCACUCAGCUAGCUGCACAGCACAGUGCCGGCUGGCCGCAUUGAGUGAUGGACGGACGGACGGAUGGAUGGAUGGAUGAACAUGGGCGGGCGAGUGCAUUUUGGAGUCCAGUUUGUGUCUGCGUCUGUCUCUCUCUCUCUGUCUGUGUGUCUCUCCAUGAGUGUGUGUCCCCGGGGCGCGGCGCCUGUGUUUCAGUUGUAUGAGUAUGAUCCAUGGACAUUUGUCACCGCGUGUUGACUCGAUCCCUUCCCUUGCAGACGUGCACUGCGUGUUCCGUGUGUGCGAUGAAUGAAUGCGUG